UGAGUGUGGAAGAGACGGCGCUGGAACCCAUGGACACGGCGUAUCCCCGAGAGGACCCCCGGGCCCCCACGCCCAGCAAGGCCGGCGCCCACACAGCGCUGACACUGGGGGCCCCACAGCCCCCACCCCGGGACCACCUGAUCUGGUCGGUGUUCAGCACCCUCUACCUGAACCUGUGCUGCCUCGGCUUCCUGGCGCUGGCUAACUCCAUCAAGGCCCGGGAUCAGAAGGUGGCCGGGGACCUGGAAGCCGCCCGGCGUUUCGGCUCCAAAGCCAAGUGCUACAACAUCCUGGCCGCGAUGUGGACGCUGGUGCCGCCGCUGCUGCUCCUGGGGCUGGUGGUGACCGGCGCCCUGCACCUGGCCCGGCUGGCCAAGGGCUCCGCCACCUUCUUCAGCACCAAGUUUGAGGAUGGGGACUACGACUGACGGGCCGGGUCCUGACGGGGGGCCCCAGCCCCAGGACACUGACCCCACGGUGCUCCCCUGAGCCUGGCCCUUCUGUGGGGCCUCCAUCCCUGCCCCAUCCUAACCCUGGGCCCUCCAGCCCCAACACGGGUACCUCACGCUGACCCAGCCAGACCCCAGGGGCCUCACCCUAACCUGAAGGCCCAGGCCCUAGCUCUGCCCCCCGCCCCCCUCCUCACAUUCCAGGCUCCUUGGUUUCAGAAUUAAAAGUGCCUGGUUCCAGAAA